UACAAACAUUUCUUCAUAUAAUAGCUUUGAACCUUACUUUUUUAUAUAUUGCUGGUUUUGAAGGAUAUUCUGAUUGCAUCAUCUAGAAACAUUUCUAAUGGCAACCAAGAAAACUUCAUCUCUUUUAAUACCUGUGUUGAUGGUUUUCGCACUAAUCCUUAUACCCAUGGUUGCAGGCCAACUUAAGGCUACAUGUCGUAUUGCGGAGUUAUGUAAAGGUGCAAAGGAAUGCAAUGCAAAAUGUGCAGCACUAGGUACCAAGAGAGGGGGUGUUUGUACAAAAUUCCUAGGUGAUGUUUACUGUUGCUGCUGGGAUUAAUUCCUAAUCAAAAUGUACUCUCAAUUUACAAUGAACAAUAUGUACUCGCAUGAAUAAAAGUACGUUUCUGCCCAUAUAUAUAUAUAUAUAUUUAUAUUAUCUCAUCCUAAUUCUAUGAUACAAUUAUUUACUCGCGAUCUAAUAAAUACAACAAAAAGUAUAAAAGAACGUCCAAGCCAAAGCUUAUAAAAUCAUCCUUACAAUAUGUACAAAUCUUCAUGAUAUAUUACACUAAAUACUCUAUUAAAAGUAUGCAAGUAUAAAUGUAGUUGCAAUUAUCAAAAAUUUCCAUGGCCAAAGAAAAAAGGUCUAAAAGAUGGUUUUCAAACCUUCAAAACCACAUAAAGUUAGGCAUGUCAAUCGGCCUAGCUCGG